GCGCAGCAGGGCGUGGAAUCUGAGGACGCCAGACGCCAUCGUGGAUUGAGAAUUGGCGCGUGAUUGUCUUCUGCUCACAAACUUCGUUUCGUGUUUACUAGCAAGAAGAGGGUCCUCCUUCGGUGCCUAGCACAGCCAUGGCUCGUGGUCCCAAGAAGCAUCUGAAGCGUGUGGCGGCCCCAAAGCAUUGGAUGCUGGACAAACUGACCGGCGUGUUUGCUCCUCGGCCGUCUGCCGGCCCCCACAAGCUGAGAGAGUGCCUCCCUCUCAUCAUCUUCCUGAGAAACAGACUGAAGUACGCCCUCACGGGAGACGAAGUGAAGAAGAUCUGCAUGCAGCGGUUCGUUAAGAUCGAUGGCAAGGUCCGAACCGAUGUCACCUACCCCGCGGGCUUUAUGGAUGUCAUCAGCAUAGACAAGACUGGAGAGAAUUUCCGUCUGGUCUAUGACACCAAGGGUCGCUUUGCUGUUCAUCGGAUCACGCCUGAGGAGGCCAAGUACAAGUUGUGCAAAGUGAGGAAGAUCUUUGUGGGCACGAAAGGAAUCCCUCACCUGGUGACCCAUGAUGCUCGCACCAUCCGCUACCCUGACCCCCUCAUCAAGGUCAACGACACCAUUCAGAUUAAUUUGGAGACUGGCAAAAUUACUGAUUUCAUCAAGUUUGACACUGGUAACCUGUGCAUGGUGACCGGUGGUGCUAACCUGGGAAGAAUUGGUGUGAUUACCAACAGAGAGAAACAUCCUGGUUCUUUUGAUGUCGUGCACGUGAAAGAUGCCAAUGGCAACAGCUUUGCCACCCGGCUCUCCAACAUUUUCGUUAUCGGCAAAGGCAACAAAGCGUGGAUUUCCCUUCCCCGUGGGAAGGGCAUUCGCCUCACCAUCGCUGAAGAGAGAGAUAAGAGGCUGGCGGCCAAACAGUGGGUGAAGUGAGCCCAGGUGGCUCAUCUAGAAGAAUCCAUGCACAGUUAAAGAUAACAGCGUGAAAAGAAGUUGAUGGGCGGACUGGCGUGUUUACGAAGACGUUAAUAAUGCAUAACCUAUGUUUCAUGCCCUGCAUAACCUACGUUUCAUGCCCUUUCCUGUGGGACUGAACAGCUAAAGGAGAAUGACGGUCCCCUCCCCUACAGUCACUCUCACUCCAACUUCCUUUGUCUGUGUGCCCCAGGGUGGGUCGCCCUGCACGGCUCCUUUCACUUGUUUAGUCCCCUUCGGUCACAUUUCUUACUCUCUCACAGUUGUAUAGACGGUGUCUACAUGUAUUUGUAGGUUUGUUGCCAAAUAAGUAGUUUUGUUUUGAAUGUUUAUAUAAUUGCAAUUGAAAUUUCAAUAUAGAUUUUAGUUAAUAAUGCAUUAAUAUUGGGUUACUAAAUGUAGCAAGUUCACCAUACCAAUGUAAGAUGUUCCUAAUUGGUGAGGCUGGUUCCAGAUACAUGGAAACUCUACUGUCUCACCAACUUUUCUGUAAUGUAAAAUUAUUUUUAAAAAUAAAGCUUGUUAAAAAAUGUGUGUGUACAAAGAUGAGAGGUUCAUAGAUAAAAAUACACUAUUUAAACUGGUAAAUUAGUAUGCUUUAUCGCCUUUUAUAUUGAAACUAAAAUGGGGGGUAAAGUGUGGCAAAUCCCACAGUAUCUUUACUAGCUUCGUUUUACUUUUCUAAAAAGAUUUUACCUUUUUUAUUUUUAAAGAAAGGGAGAGAAACACCAACGUGUGGUUAUCUCUCAUGUGCCAACUGGGCACCUGGCCCACGGCCUGUGCAUCUGUCCUGACUGGGGACUGAAACAGCGACCCUUCGGUUUGCAGUCGGCGAACCAUUUUGAUUUGCCCAGUCCACUGAGCCACACUAGUUUUGUUUUAAAAAUCUCAAUAACUCUCAUGUUGAAAGAGUAAAAUAUUUCAUAUACAUUAUAAGUUCAUCUUAACUUACAAAUUUACUUUUUUAACUACUAGGGGCAAAAGAUUGUUCUUUUCCUUGUUUAAAUAAUGUACAAAAUUAGGAAGCUCAUUUGUGCUCAUCUCCCCAAACCUUGACAGAAGGAAACAUCUACCUUCCUUUUUGACCUUAGCAUUUGUAAGGAGUAAAUAAAUGAAGAGCACAGAAUCUGGGAAUGGCCAAAUAGCAUACACUUAGCACUGAACUGUUUGUAAAUGUCCUUAGGCAUCAACCCAAAAUGUACAUCAAAAAGCUGUCAGUGGGCAUUGGGAAGUGAGGCAGCAUGGGUUAGAAUUGGGAGUAAAGAAACGCAGCAAGAGCGGCCCAGGCUGGUGUAGCUCAGUGGAUUGAACGCGGGCCUGCAAACCAGAGGAUCGAGGUUCCAUUCCCAGUCUGGGCACAUGCCUGGGUUGCAGGCCAGUUCCCAUGAGAGGUAACCAUACAUUGAUAUUUCCCUUUCUCCUUCCCUUCCCCUCUAAAGAUAAAUAAAAUCUUUUUUUAACUAUA